CAUUCUCGUCUGCAUGGAGAUGAUCGCAAUUCUCAGCCGUCAUCCUCUGUCUGCAAUGGUAAUGGCCCGAGUGUCGGCGCUCUAGGGGGUCAGCAUCGAUUCGUCCGGCAGCCCGUACUCGGCAUACAGACGCGCUCCUCCUCUGCUGUGGCAGCCUUAGCUGCUACUGUUGCCGCUGCUACGGCAACAGGUGUUCCUACCGCCCCCGAUAUUCCUACUGUGGCCAACUCUAAUAAUACCCAUUCGAUAUUCUCGUCAGCUAACUCGGCUCUAUCUAAAACUGAGACCGUCGUUUUUUCUUCAACAAAAGUAAUGGAACGCGCGAAGCAUCGCCUUUUUACCCUUAGCUACAGCUUUUGUUAUAUCUGCCUAAUGAGUCAUUUCCUAUUUUCCCAACUGACCCUGCCGGUUCGGUUUUUCACUCGAGUCCCGCCAUCCAAGACUUAUGUGGCUCCCAGUCUGUUUUCCCUGCACCUUUGGCUCAAACCAGCUCUUCUUGCUCUCCAGAUUCCUCCCGCUCCCCUUCCACAUCUCCAUCUCGGCGUCAAUCUCAAUCUGCCUCACCAAUACAUUUCCGCUCUCAUUCGCGAUCACCUCUUCAUUCCGCAUCUCCUCCUUCGAGUUCUUUAUCGGCUGCCAAGCCUGCUCAUGAAAAAUUAA